UUGUCUGCUGUUAGCAACAUGGCCGCCUACAGGAUACCUAUCGUGGUUAUUAUAGGUGCUACUGGAACUGGAAAGUCCAAACUUGCGAUUGAAAUAGCAAAAUACUUUGGAGGCGAAAUAAUAAGUGCAGAUUCAAUGCAAAUUUAUAAAGGACUGGACAUAAUUACAAACAAGGUGACAGAGGAGGAGCAGGCAGAGUGUCCACAUCACAUGAUCAGCUACCUCGAGGCUGAUCGUAAACAUUACAAUGUUGUAGACUUCAGAGACAAAGCACUGCCUAUAAUUCAGGGAUUACUUCACAAGAAGAAGCUACCUGUUAUUGUUGGGGGCACUAAUUACUACAUCGAAAGUCUUUUGUGGGAUUUUCUUGUCACAAAAUUUGAUGACGACAAUAGCCCGGUGUCUAAACUUGACCUGACGUCACGUGUAGCUGCCACUCUACAGACGACACCAUCAACUGUGGGGUCCAGUGGUGACCAGACAGUGGCACAGAACACUGGCCAGGACCUGGGUGAUGAAACACUUGACAACAGCUGUGAUCAAAGCACUUCAGUGGACUCUACUUGCGGGUCAUCCUUACCUGAGGAUUCUAUUUCUGGGUCUUCUCUACAUGAGUCUAGUGUCAGCCCCGCAGAUGUGCCCAGUGGCCCCACUAACGUGUCACCCCAGGACUAUUCCCCAACAACCAAACCCCUGGAGGAUUAUAAGCACGACUCUGAAGGGUUGAUUGCCUGCCUACAUGGGAUGAGUAUAGAGGAGUUGUACAAGAAACUUCAGCAAGUCGACCCAGUCACAGCAGCCAGACUUCACCCUAGGAACAAGCGGAAAGUGGUAAGGGCUCUUCAUGUGUACUACCAAACUGGGCGCACAAUGUCGGCCAUCUUGAAGGAGCAGCACGCUGGUCAAGAGAACGUCAAGAGUGGACCUCUGCGUUACCCUGACCCCUGCAUUAUCUGGGUCAAGUGCGCUCAACCAGAACUGAACCUGAGGCUAGACAACCGUGUGGACGAUAUGAUCAGCAGGGGACUGAUCCAAGAACUGGAGACUUUUGAGCAGGAGGUCAAGAGGUUAGAGGAGCAGGACAAGCACAGGGACACAGGCCACGAGUACAGCCACGGUAUACUGCAGAUGAUUGGCUUCAAGGAGUUUGACCAAUACCUACACCAGUCACCCCAGGAGAGGGCUACUGAACAGGGGAGAAAACUUUUUCAACAAGGAGUUGUUGAUUUAAAACUGACCACAAGGCGUUAUGCCAGACAACAGAUCAAGUGGAUCAAGAACAGAUUCUGUGGACGUCCUGGUCCUAACGUCCCACCUGUUUACUCAGUGGAUACCACAGAUUUAAGCCAGUGGAACACCAUAGUACAGCAAGCAAAAGAAGUUGUCCAUUCUUUCUGUCUGGGCCAGCCACCUGAACAACAGCCUGAACCUGUCCUUACUAACGUCAAUCAACUAGCCCCCAACAUUUGUGAUCUCUGUGGUGGGAUGCAGUUCUUCUAUCAGAAAGAAUGGACAGACCACCUACAAGGCAGGAAGCAUCGCCACCAUCUCAAACUGAGACGACAGAGAGAGAAACUGACAAACACGCUGGAUGCACAUGCACAAAAUUUGAGACACCUCGAGGCUGCUUGUAAACAGAAAACUAAUAAUACAAAUGAUUAAUAAACUUGGAUAAA